AUGUCAUUUCUUACUGACUUUCAGCGCUCUGCGGUUCAGAGCGCACAGAUCCUCCUUGAAAAUGCUGGUCUGUCUCCACGAGACUUGGAUUCAUUCUCGUCGUCAUCAUUGCCAUCACCGUCAUCAUCAUCGCCAUCGCCACUACUAUCACCUUCAUCUCCUCCUAGUACUCUGCCUAAAUUCUGCCCUGCUUCUCUAUCUACUCAUUAUACCUGUCUAGCUGUUGCUGGCACCCAUUAUACCCCACCUCCUGUGCGACCUUUUACAGCGGAAGAUCAUAUGCAAGGAUGGCAUUGUGUCACACACAAGACUUCUGCACAUGCCAUCGUCGAGCAUCCAAUUGGUGCCAUAGUCGAGUACCCGCAGACUGGACGCCAUGCCGACGAAUCAAUCGCCCAUAUCUUUCAUAUAGAUCCUUCCAUGUUUACUUCUACCUUGCAUCCUAAGUCAAGCUUCCAGUAUUCCUUGGGUGACGGGCACGGUGGUCAAAUCAUUGGGAAAUGUCUAAUGCUCCGUGAUGCUGGAGGGCAACCAGUUUCAUGCGCAAAGCUCAGAACAUCAUGCAAGGGCCUCAAAAUUUGUUCAGGACAUCAGCACGAUAUCUCUGCGCACCAUUUCACCAACGUUUCUGAAGUUUUAGCUCACCAUCCGUCUGCAUUACAACCACGAGGGCCUGCUGGCACCGCUGACCAAGAACUUUUUGAGAAAACUCUUGCGUUUUUUGUCGCUCUAUGUCUUCAUGGCUGCUCGCCUCAUUCUCCUACUGAUGGACACAACAACAAUUCCAUCGCUUAUACAGACAUAGUAGAAGAUAGUAGCACAGAUAUUGAUGAUGAUUUUGAGGGUCUGACGGCUGACCAGUAUCUUGACAGUGUCUCUACCAGUUCUGAUACCGAUCUCCAUAUUGGCUGCGAGAGCGAUACCCGCUACUUGCAGGCAUUACUGGACGACGACCGCCACAUGAUUACGGAGUGCGAGCAACUUGCAAAGUCGCGGGGAUAUGGACCCCUGAUGCCGUGUAGUUUUGUUACUGGCCCAUCAUCACAAAAACAAGUGUGCCCACAUUGGCAUCGCCAAGCUGACGGUACAUUGAAGCAAGGUGUGCUACGAAAAUGGGCGCACAACUGUGUAGCAUCAUUUGACAUAUAUGUUCCCGAAGAUCUUUUCGCCUGCCCUCAAAUACUUGUCCUUUGCACCAACCCUCAUUCACAUCCCCCUCCUCUACCUGUCAAAACGCCGCCUCCCCUCAUUGAUGUAUUUCAUGGAUUAGUCUCCCUCAUGAAGUGGAAACUCGCAGAUGCAACACCACGACGAAUAUACCUGGACACGGCCUUUGUUGAGGGUCUUCAUCAAGUGCUCGACUGGCAAUUUCCUGAUGGCCGUGAUGCAAUGCUUCAAGGCCUCCAUCCAUCACUCGCUAAUCUUGACCACGAUUUGAAGGUGCAUGUCGUCUUGCGAAUGAACACUGCAUCCUUGCCUCUGGAGCAGCGCUAUGUUUGCUGCGCAGAAACACAUGUCAUUGACCAUGAUUGCAAGCCAAAUGCUUGUCCAUUGACACCUCGUUCAAAUGAGCACAAGGAUGGCAAGAGUUCGAGAUUGAAUCAUGGGAUAGCGAGCAUUGUCACUCUGUUGUCAGCACUCGAUGCCUUCACCACGUCACAGAGCACAAAGGCUCACUUGACACUGGCCACUCGUUUUCAUUCCAACAUAUUCAUGGCUUCGGGUGCGAAAUUGUCAUUGCUGACAGCCACAAAGGCCAAGGACUUGGAAUGUACUGUGUACAGCUUUCACAUUCUAUCUCAACACCAUGUGUACAUGAACCUCACCGACCUCACUUCAAGAGGAAUGUCCAUGCUCUUCACACACAUGUUUCGGAUGAAGUUUACUCAGGCGAUGCUUAGUUUAGCGACGUGUGAGGAACACCCGGACAUCCAAAGAACAUUUAAUACUAUUCGUUGUGGUGGGCCAAAGGCUGCAGCAUGGUUGAAAGACAAACUCGAAGGAACGAAAUUCGCACUUCCAGCACUGUACCAACCUAUGAGCUUGAUCCCUCUCGCAUUAUGGAAAGCAUCGCCUUCAACGACCAAUGGGAAUGAGCAAGCUCACCGUAAUGCAUACCGCGAAGGUGUACACUUGACUCUGUUAGCUGGGAUCAUGAAGGGCAUGAAGUUCGAUCAAGGAGCAAUGAGUAGCAUGGAUGUCCAUGCGACAUUUGGAGUCUCAACACGAGACCAAGAGGCAACUCAAGUUUAUCAUGCAACGAGGUGUAUUGUUUGGCAAACUUUGGCACAAAAAAAACACUGCAAGUCCUCACAAGCUACAGCCACGCCACGACCUCUGCAACUUCCUACUGUUCGCAACGUCACGAUGCCAAUACAACCAGCCACCAAACACACUGCCACCACACACGCCAUCACAAUACCACUAUAUGGGAUGGUUGACAAGGAUUCCACCCUGGUCACUUUCAAUGAGCCACCGUCAGUCUCGCUUCGCCAACCGCUGAUGCCAUCACAAAUCAGCACAUUCAACAGCCUGUCGUUUGCAUUACAGCCAGGUGCACGAAUAAUAGACUACUCACUGACCAGCAUUCUGUCUCCGUCGUUGAUUAUCGUAGACGACUCGAAAUGGUGCAUCUCAACAUAUAGUUCCCUGGCGGGAGCACUUGAUGAGCACCUGAAGACACUGGGUGGCACAGUUGACGAGGCACAACUGCAACUGAAACAGACUUACUAA